AUGCAAGAAUGGCGUAUUGAUGAGGAGGUGAUUGUCGCUGUCAACCACUGUUGCGCAGAGAAAUUUCAACAACCCCAGCCACAACAACAGCAAAGAACUUCGUUAAUAUUAAGUGAAGACACGUUGAGCCAUCCAGUAGCUUUCAUUCUACUGGGUAAUCGGGAGGAAUGGCGAAUUCAAACACCGGUGGGGGUCGAUAUAACAGUUGAUUUGGAUACAGGGAGUUUGUUGUGGGAUGUGGCUUUAGUACGUGAACGCAUCAGGUUGUUGCAAGUUAUGCAUGUUACACAGCUGCCAGUCGCGGUGCUUGUGGUAGACGGUGAGUUGCAUGACUAUGUUGCAUUUUUGAAUGAAGUGGAAAGUGUAUGGCCUUUGAUUAGAAGUGUCGUUAGUUAUGGGAUUGAGGAGUGCUCUUUACAAUGUUGGGACAUGGGAUUCAUGCGGCAAAUAGGUUAUGUGAUUAUCGAACGUGAUAUGAGUGGAUAUUUACCUUGCAAUAGAUCUGCUGUUGCAGAAGAUCUAAAACUUGAUUUGGUGGAGCAAGGUAAAAUUAUAGGCAAAUUGGUACAGAAUGUUGAUCGAAUUGUCAAGUAUUUAGAGUCCCUCACGCCGGACAAUAAAAGUCCAUUGCAGGACGUCAUUCUGAGGCAAUGCUGGAGAUUUGUGUGCAAGUUACAAAGUCCAUGCACUAGGGAUAUAGAAAAGGAAAUAUCGAUGUUGGAAUCACAAUGGCAAUUGUUAAAUACACUAACUACACAAUUUGAAACUACUAUGAUGCUAGACUAA